AUCAAAAUUUACUGAACUUUUGACGACUGCACUGCAAAUGCUCUGAGGAGACAAAACUUUUGCAAAAUCCUCAGCUCGCUACUUUGAGAAAGAGAGAGAGCCCAGUAUCGACAGAGACACAGGGAGAGCCAGAGAGGGUGUGAAAAAUGGCGAUCCCAAUACCGACUCGGCAGCUAUUCAUCGACGGCGAGUGGAGAGAACCAGCACUCAAAAAGCGCUUACCCAUCAUCAACCCCUCCACCGAAGAGAUCAUCGGGGAUAUACCGAUGGCUACUGCGGAGGAUGUGGAGAUUGCGGUGGACGCCGCUCGGAGAGCCCUUGCCAGGAACAAAGGCAGAGAUUGGGCCUUAGCUUCCGGGGCCGUUCGUGCCAAGUAUUUGCGUGCUAUUGCGGCUAAGAUAACAGAGAAGAAAUCCAAAUUAGCAAAACUUGAAGCAAUUGAUUGCGGAAAACCGCUGGAUGAAGCAGCAUGGGACAUUGAUGAUGUUGCUGGGUGCUUUGAGUACUACGCUGACCUUGCUGAAGGCUUGGAUGCAAAGCAAAAGGCUCCUGUUUCCCUUCCUAUGGAGACAUUCAAGAGUUAUGUUCUUAAGGAGCCAAUUGGGGUUGUUGGGUUGAUUACUCCAUGGAACUACCCUAUGUUGAUGGCUACAUGGAAAGUGGCUCCUGCCUUGGCUGCUGGGUGUGCCGCAAUACUGAAGCCAUCUGAAUUGGCAUCUGUAACCUGUUUGGAGCUCGCUGAAGUUUGCAGAGAGGUCGGUCUUCCUCCUGGUGUCCUUAAUAUUCUGACUGGAUUUGGCCAUGAGGCCGGUGCUCCAUUGGCAUCUCAUCCUCAUGUUGACAAGAUUGCAUUUACUGGAAGCAGCAUUACUGGGAGUAAGGUUAUGACAGCUGCAGCUCAAAUGGUCAAGCCUGUUUCAUUGGAGCUUGGUGGGAAAAGCCCGAUUAUUGUUUUUGAGGAUUUUGACCUUGAUAAAGCUGCUGAAUGGACUAUCUUUGGUUGCUUUUGGACCAAUGGUCAGAUUUGCAGUGCAACAUCCCGCCUUAUUGUGCAUGAAAGCAUUGCUGCAGAAUUUUUGGAUAGGCUCGUAAAAUGGACCAAAAACAUCAAGAUUUCAGAUCCUCUUGAAGAAGGUUGCAGGCUUGGCCCUGUUGUUAGUGGUGGCCAGUAUGAGAAAAUACUGAAGUUCAUCGCUACAGCUAAGAGUGAAGGUGCAACCGUAGUAUGUGGCGGUGCUCGUCCUGAGCAUCUAAAGAAAGGAUUCUUCAUCCAACCUACCAUCAUCACUGAUGUAACUACCUCUAUGCAAAUAUGGAGAGAAGAAGUUUUUGGACCUGUUCUGUGUGUGAAAACAUUCAGUACCGAAGAUGAAGCCAUUGAACUAGCAAAUGACACCCAAUAUGGCUUAGGUGCUGCUGUGAUAUCAAGUGAUCUAGAAAGAUGUGAUCGCGUAAGUAAGGCUCUUCAGGCAGGAAUUGUUUGGGUCAAUUGUUCACAGCCUUGCUUCACUCAAGCUCCAUGGGGGGGCAACAAACGUAGUGGUUUUGGGCGUGAAUUAGGGGAAUGGGGACUUAACAAUUACUUGAGCGUGAAGCAGGUUACCCAGUACAUCUCUGAUGAACCAUGGGGGUGGUACCAGUCUCCUUCAAAGCUGUGAAAGUGCCCCUGAAAAUAAUGAGAAAUUGCAGAUGUACCAGAGUUAACGAAAUAAGAUAAGAGGGGUAUCAUGUACUGAACUCCAUGUUCCAAGGAUCCAAAAAAAAAAAAAACACUUUUUCGAACAAAAAAUAAAGAACAGCAGGUUAUAUAGGUUGGUUAA